GUACUUAAGUACAAUAGAGAGCGCAAUAAUCGCUAUAAAAGUAAAUAGAUAAACCACUCUAUAAAAUGAAUAUAUCACGAUUAUAUUUGUGAUAUGCAAAAAAUGAAUACAUUCUUUUAGCAUUUGUAAUUUAUUAGUGCUAUCAUUUAUUAUUUAAGUAAUAAAGCAUAUUUCAAAAAAAUUUCUUGAUAAUAAAAUUAUAAUCAAACAAUAUGCCUGUUGAUGUACUUGGAUAUAUGUAUGCUGCUACAGUAGCGGCUGGUGGUAUAAUGGGUUAUGUAAAAGCGCAAUCAAUUCCUUCUUUGGGUGCUGGACUUAUCUUUGGAUCUGUUUUGGGCUACGGAGCUUAUCAAACUUCUCAAGAUCCUACAAAUAUUGGACUUUCUAUAGCAGCAACUUCUGUUCUUGGUGGGCUUAUGGGUUAUCGUUAUUAUAAUAGUGGUAAAUUAAUGCCAGCUGGAUUAAUUGCUAUAUUUAGUUGUAUAGCAUUAAUAAAAACAAUUGUCAGGUCUUAUUCUGCAACCCAUGAAACAUUAAACAAAGAAAGUAAGAAUAUAUAAUAAAAUAUAUGUUUUUAAUAAGUUUUUUUAUUAUUAACAAUUUUAUUAUCUAAAAUAUUUUAAAUAUAUUAUAUAUUUUAUUUUUAUUAUAAUUAUAACAUACAUAACCUUUGUAAUGUAAUAGGUUAAUAGAAGAAAUAAUAAAAUCUGUAAAAGAAGAGGAUAGAAAAUAUACUAUGGAUUAUAAUGAUUAAAAUAAUUAGUUAAUGUUAUAAACCUAUAUUUCAAAUUUUAAUUCCAAUGUUUUUCCAUAAAUGGAAAUUGUUCUGCAGGAAUAUAAUUUAUAUUUAUGUUACAAAAACAUAUAAUGUUUGAAUAUAUAUUUCAAUAAAGUUAUUCCAAAUGUUA